AACAGCUGGAGGCACACCGACCAUCGGGGCAUUGUGGGAGUUGUAGUUUGGCAACAGCUGCAGGCACACUGGGUAGGAAAAACUACCCUCGGGGGUGUUCACAUGUCGCUUAUCCGUUUCAUGUGUAUUCCACGUUGCAAUAUGUGCAAAACCAUGUGUUCUACGCGUCCUAUUGUUUUAAAUAGGAAUAUGAGCCACAGUUCCCGCUGCGAAACGCGUCGAGUUCAGUGUGAACCACAGGGGCAGAAGAGGGAUGUGGUGCCCACUCCUCGCACCACAUUUAUUUAAACUAUACGCCAGCAAAUAGAUUGUCGGGGAAAUCUGUGCCAGUUCACAGCUGGAUGAGGUUUCUGAGGCUGGAGUGCAGCCAGUCUUAAAGGGGUACUCCGGUAAAAAAAUAUAUAUAUAUAUAUAUAUAUAUAUUUUCAUAUCAGCUGGUGCGAGAAAGUUAAACAGAUUUGGUAAUUAUUUCUAUAAAAAUAAUCUUAAUCCUUUCAGUACUUAUCAGCUGCUGUAUGCUCCAGAGGAAGUUGUGUAGUUCUUUCCAGUCUGACCACAGUGCUCUCUGCUGACACCUCUGUCCAUGUCAGGGGGGGGGGGAGGUCAUGUAGUGCACAUACAGCCAAAAGCAGCACUCGCUCAAGUAUCCUGGAUAAGAAGGGAGGAGUUAUUGAAAAGAGCCUGAAGCAAAUGAAAGGACUGCAAAGAGACUACACAAGACUCUCAGUAUCUGACCCCAGGGCUUGAUUUAUUGCUUAAACUGCUCAGAAGUGCUCUAUAAUGUCCUCAAUAAUGCUACUGUCCUGUUUCUAUUCCCGUCCACACUGUGAGGAUAAAGUGCUAUCAAGGAGGAUAACAAGGCUGAACAAGGACCCCUCUGCAAUACACCAAUCUCUUCAGUGACCUACGGUAGUCCAGGAUACGGUGACGCCAGCAAAAGCUUUUUAACACCAUCCACGGUUUAAUGAUGCGAGAGAAUAAGAAAGGGUGUGAAUACUAACACAGUCAGUGCAGACCCAUGAGGGCAGGAGACCGGAUCCAUCCACAGCACCGCCACAACCUGCAGAGGUAUCACAAGAUGAGUGACUGUGCAUCCAGCAGUGCUGAAACCUUAGUGAGGACAUCGGAACGUCUUCCUCCUACAAAGAAAACAGCAAAAGUCCAUUUUGGGGAAAUCAUUGUUGACCACGGAGAUGUCCAGGCAGUAACACAGACUCCUCACCAGCAGAUUCUAAGAAGCCAAGAUGUCACCUGUUCUAAGAAGCCAAAGUCAUCGCGCAGAGGCAGCCAGAGGAGCAGCCUGCAGGGGCCCAUGCUGUCCGCCAGUCACAUAGAAGAGGCCGCAGGGGACGUGUCGGACCUCACGGCGUCUCUUCUCCUCGCUUGUCUCUUCUGCCAUUUCUCAGACUGUCUGGUCCUCCUCCCGGGCACCUGUGGCACAAGUGUGCGCUGUCUCUGCUCCUACAGCUGCCUCCCGGAGCUGAACGACCUCUGCUGCUGCUGCACCUCUUCUUGCUGCACUAACACCGACUGCGACUUCUUAGAUCUGUGUUUUAACACGGCCGAGUGUCUGGAGCUGGCCAUGGAAAUGUCCGAACUCUGCUUCCACUGACUAACCCAGACAGGUGUGCCCGCUGUCUCCUGGCCAGCCUGUUCUGUGAAGUCUCCAUCCUGUGUUCUACAGUCUUGGGGUGUUUAAGCUGCGGGCUCUGCGGUGACGGAGCCCUUUGUGGGUCAUUGUGCCCCGAUGGAUUAAUGUGUGCCCGGCUGUGGCCUUGUGACCCUGGUUGUGCCAUACUGGAUGAGGGCUGCCGCUCCUCGGAUUGCCUGGACAUCUGCCUGGAGUGCUGCUCCCUUUGCUUCCCUUCCUGAAUGAAGAAUCUGCCGUUGCAGUAAGGAAUGAUCGGACUGGUAGAGAAUACAUCGCAUGCCCGAUGCUUGUACCUACUGAUCAAUAAAACUACUCUGA